AUGGAGAAACCAGCAUUGAAUCCUGCAUGCCAAUGUGAACCAAUCGCAAUCGUGGGCAUAGGAUGCCGAUUACCUGGGAAAGCUUCAUCCGCAUCCAAACUGUGGGAAUUGCUCGUCAGGAACGAGACGGGCCAUUGCGCCGUUCCAUCAGAACGCUACAAUGCAGCGGCAUAUUAUCACCCGGAUGCCGAACGACCAGGAAGUAUCAAUUCGACCGGUGGAUAUUUCAUCCAGGAGGACAUUCGAGCGUUCGAAAACGCGUUCUUCGGGAUCAACAACCUCGAAGCCACCUCCAUGGACGCCCAGCAAAGGAAACUCCUCGAAGUUACCUAUGAGGCGUUGGAAAAUGCCGGUGUGCCGUUGGACGGGAUCCAAGGCUCAAACACCGGUGUUUAUAUCGGAAACUUCACCAACGAUUUCUUGAACAUGCAGUACAAAGACCCAGAGUCUUUUUCCCGAUAUAGUGCCACGGGAUCGGGACUGACCGUGCUGGCGAACCGCAUUACGCAUUGCUUCGAUCUGCGCGGCCCGUCCCAUGUGGUUGAUACGGCUUGUUCAUCGUCCUUGUAUGCGCUGCAUUCGGCUUGUCUGGCCCUGGAUGCCCAUGAUUGCGAUGCGGCCGUUGUGGCUGCUGCAAACCUCAUCCAAUCUCCAGAGCAGCAGAUGAUUGCCGUGAAAGCGGGGAUUUUAUCGCCAGACUCGAUGUGCCAUACCUUCGAUGAAUCGGCCAACGGGUAUGGCAGAGCGGAGGGUGUGUCAGCCGUAUAUCUAAAGCGGCUCAGUGAUGCACUGAGGGAUGGAGAUCCCAUUCGAUCGAUCAUUCGAGGAACCUCGGUCAACGGAAAUGGACGAACACCAGGCAUUGUACAGCCCAGUCUGGAAGGCCAAAAGGCCGUCAUUCGAGCGGCGUAUCGUCGGGCAGGUCUAGAUCUAGGGGAAACGGACUACAUCGAGCGGAAGGCGCAUGGAACCGGCACCAAGGUCGGUGAUCCUAUGGAGGUCGAGGCCAUAGCGGAUAUUUUUCGUCAUUGGACGGGACGGCCGACCCUCAUUGGGGGGAUCAAGCCGAACGUUGGUCACAGCGAAGGAGCGAGCGGUCUUUCAAGCCUAAUCAAAGUCACCCUAGCGCUCGAGAAUGAGUUACUCCCUGCGACGGCCGGGGUUAAGGCGAUCAACCCGAGCAUCAAAUUAAAGGAAUGGAACGUGGAAAUCGUUACUGCCAAUCGAGUAUGGCCGGUAUCUCGGGUCCCGCGAGCCUCGGUCAAUUCGUUUGGUUUCGGUGGUUCAAAUAGCCAUGCUAUUCUGGAGGCAAUGCCGAUGGACCUGUUGACCAGCAGUUGUAGGGAUUCGCCAGUAGGCGAAAAUGCAGAGAGGCUCUAUCUGUUACCUCUUUCGGCUCGAUCUGAGACGUCCCUCAGACAGAUGGCUAGUAACUUGGCUGAUUUCACUUCCCAUUCAGCUGGCCAGGUUCAAAUCGAUGACCUGGCUUUUACGUUGAGCUGUCGUCGCUCCAAGCUGGCUACUCGUGGUUUUUUUAUCGAAUCUCAAGCGAGCCUGAAUAAGGGGCUCAAUAUGCUGAGCCUACGACUGAGAGAUUCUGACAAUGCAGGACCAUUCCCGUUGGCCUUUGUUUACACCGGACAGGGCGCACAGUGGGUUGGAAUGGGCAAAGAGCUUCUGAGAUAUAACUACGUGUUUAGGGAGACCAUAGGCUAUCUUGACUCUUGCCUCCGAGCCCUUGAUCCAGAACAUGCGCCCGCCUGGACACUGGAAGGUGUUCUGCGAGGUGAUGAAAACUGUGAUAUUAACACCGCAGAAAUAUCACAGCCACUGUGUACGGCGGUGCAAAUUGCACUGACAGACCUACUCAAAGAUUGGGGUGCUCUGCCACAGCUAGUGAUGGGCCACUCCUCCGGCGAGAUUGGAGCAGCAUAUGCCGCCGGGGCGAUCGACGCCCGGAGAGCGAUCUUCGCGUCUUUCUUCCGCGGAACUGCUGUUGCCGAGGACUCCACCGAGGGUUCCAUGGCUGCCGUGGGACUUGGGAAAGAUGAGGCCGAGGCGAUAAUCGAGGAAUGUGGGUUGAGAAAGUCUGUUAUCGUUGCUUGUGCGAAUUCGCCAGAGAGCGCGACCGUGAGUGGGGAUACAGUCGCCAUCAACGAGCUUCUUAGGACACUCGAAGGUAAAAAUAUUUGGGCUCGAAAGCUAAAGACUGGAGGUAAAGCGUACCACUCGCACCAUAUGAAGAUUGUGGGGCCGAAAUAUGAGGCCCUUCUCGAGCGUUAUUGGGAUACGGGUAAUGGCAACCACGAUACAAAUGGCGCUGUGGAUGGUCCGGCGUCGUCAGUGGUCAUGGUUUCCACUGUGAAUGGUGGGCCAGUCAGUACAAAUCAGGCUGGGAUGCCCACAUACUGGCGUACAAACCUCGAAUCUCUGGUGCGAUUUGACGAGGCCAUUAAAAAUAUCCUGGCGCGUGGCAUUUACCAUCUAGUAGAACUUGGUCCGCACUCAGCUUUACAGCUCCCCAUCAAGCAGAAUGCCUGGACACUUGAACAAAGUCGUUAUAUCUAUAAUUCCUCUCUCAUACGUCACCAAGAUGCUUGUUUGACUAUCCUUCAGCUUGUCGGUUCACUGUUUUUACAUGGACACGAUGAGCUCCAAUACACUAAGAUGUUUGCGAAUGGAUCUCAAGCCCGUGUCUUGGUUGAUUUGCCUUCUUAUCCGUGGGACUACAGUUCUCCCACCCUGUGGUCUGAGCCUCGCUCCAGUAUCGAGUUCCGUCACCGCAAAUACCCCCGGCACGAUCUCCUCGGAUCCCAAGUGUCGGGAGCGAGCACCGCAGGAGUGACAUGGCGAAAUGUAUUGAGCCUCAAUGAAGCCCAAUGGCUUACCCAUCAUUGCCUAGGCCCGUCGGUGGUAUUCCCCGCCGCUGCAUAUAUUGCAAUGGCAGUCGAGGCGAUGUCCCAGGUUGCAGGUCUCCAGCUGGAAGAUUGUCCUGGUGUGGAACUUCGCGAUCUCAACUUCAUCAAAGCUCUCGACAUGGAUCCCGACCGAAGACCGACGGUGGAGAUAUUUGCCGAGAUGCGUCCAAUGAAGCUUUCAAACCUGGGGAAUUCAGAUAAAUGGUGGAGAUUCGGUGUGCUUUCGAUCGACAGUGAUUCCCAGGCCACCUUGCAUAUGAACGCGGCUGUGCGUCUAACAGAAACCUCGCCCCGGACAACUCGGCAGAUUAAGCUUGACAGGUCCAAGAUGAAACAGGAUGCGGUCCGUGUCUGGUACGACAAGUUCACCCAAGAAGGGCUCAACUGGGGUCCCAAGUUUGCUGUCAUGGAGGAGGUCUUUCGAGAUCGCGCGCGCACGGCACACGUAGCGGCAGCAACUACACAUCUCCAGCGGGGAGAACCGUUUGGCCAGUACAUUGCACAUCCAAUCUCCAUAGAUGCGAUGCUACAAACGGCCUUCAUUGCUACUACUAGUGGCUGGGUUAGUAAGCUCCGGGCUACGGUGCCUGUUUCCAUGGAAUCGGUUUACAUCGCCCCUCCGUCGGCCCUUGAUAUGGAUACCGAUAGACCAUGGUGCAUUGACACCCAGUCGGAGAACGUAGGUUUUGGGACGGUCAAAAUCAAUGCAGAGCUAUUUAAUUCGUCUGAUCAGGUCUUGAUCAGGAUGGGCCAGGCUCGUUGUAUUGCCUACCAAGGGAACAGACCGACAGAAACCAACGAGCAACGCAACCCUCUUGUGAGAGCUACCUGGAAGCCGGAUCUCUCUGCGCUAACCAGCACGGGUCUUGAAGAGUAUCUGAACCGGUUCGCACAGAACUGCGGCUCUAAGGAAUUGGCUGACGAGGACGUGCUCCCCUUGGCUGGUGCCCUAGAUUUGGCCUGUCACCAGCGGUGUAAUACCAAUAUCCUCGAACUUGGCGACCAAUUGCGGAUAGCAGAAACUGUUCGUGGGCUCUUACGUGUCGACUCCUCUUUCCGAAGGUAUAACACCUAUUAUCGUGGGGUCUUUACAGACGGCGAUCUAGUCGGGACGGAGGUUUUCUCGAAGACUGUAGACGAGCAGAAGCCAGACCGACCAACGGGGAUUCCGCAGGAAAGGAAAUUCGAUAUUGUUCUCGUUCCCUCGGUCGAUCUAUGGACGCCGGCCCUUUCCAGCAGGCUCACGCCCGGAGCAACUGUCAUCAUGAUGGGGAAUACAUCCAGUUACGAUGUUACUUGGAUGAAGAUUAUCAAAGGAGGUGGUCCCUUUCCUGUGACAGUUGCGACUAUAAGCGGAAUGGCGAGCAAGGGAAAGGUUGAUAAAGCCCCGACAAUCGUGGUGACCCGAGAUAACAAUAUAAAACGCCUGGAUCUACAGCUCCAAACUGUCUUACAAGAAUAUUUAGGAUCCGUGGUCAAUAUUGUUAGUUUGUUCCAGGUCAACAUCGAGACCGUUCCGGACCGAUCAUUUGUCAUAUCCACCCUGGAACAGCAGCAACCUCUUCUGAACAGGAUUGAAGAGCAAGAAAUGGCACAGCUGAAAAGUAUUACUGAUCGUGUAGCCAAGAUCGUAUGGGUCGUCAAUGGCGGCUUUGUGGGUGGGGAAAACCCAGACUUUGCGCCAGUCCUGGGACUAUCUCGUGCGCUUAUGCUCGAACAGCCUUCCCUCCAAUUUGCGGUUCUAGAUGUGGACAACAAAUCAGCAUCAUCUUCUGACACCCUGUACAAUAUCGUCAGUGUUUUCGACCGACUGAUCCAUGAACUAGAACCGGAUUUCGAGUUCGCGCAACGAGACGGCGUCCUUCAUAUCUCUCGCUGGGAGCCAGACGAGCAUCUCAACGAAACCUUCCGUCUCAAGCAGAAUAAGGAAACCAUUGACCUCCCGCUAGCGAUUGCCGGGCGUUGCGAAUUAGGUAUCAAGGACCCGGGACAGAUGGACACGAUACAUUUUGUGCAGCUGGAGUAUCCAACCGCCUUGCAUCCCGAUCAUGUGGAAAUCAGUGUGAAGAGUGUAGGAAUGAAUGCAAAGGACAUGUAUGCCAUAAGCGCCAAGGUGGAUACCAAGGAUGCAUCAUGCUCGUGUGAAUGUGCCGGUGUUGUUACCGCUGUGGGCGACAACGUUUCCGAGUUUAAGACUGGUGAUCGUGUAGUUGCAAUGGUACCUGGCCAUUUUGCGACUGUCGAGAGGUUCCCGCAUUGGGCAGUAUGUAAAUUGAAGGACGAAGAGGAUUUUACGACAUCUUCCACUAUUCCGAUUGUUUUUUCCACGGUUAUUUAUGGACUGAAGCAUAGGGCAAAUCUGCAGCGGGGAGAGAGCGUCCUUAUCCAUUCCGCUGCGGGUGGCGUUGGGAUUGCGGCAAUCCAAUACGCGAAGCAUCUCGGGGCAAAGAUUUUUGCCACAGUUGGAAACGAAUCUAAAAAGGCAUUCCUCGUCGAGAAGUAUGAUCUGGAUCCAGCGCACAUUUUUAACUCUCGCGACUCAUCCUUCUUCCCUGCUAUUAUGGACGCCACUUCUGGUCAAGGGGUUGACGUCGUUUUGAACUCUCUCACCGGUGACCUUCUGCGUAGCAGCUUUGAAGCAUGUGCCGACUUUGGCCGCUUCAUAGAGAUUGGGAAGCGUGACAUCCUUGAUCAUGGCGUCCUGGACAUGUCCGAGUUCGGCCGGAAUGUCUCCUUCAUGGCAUUUGACCUGUCCAAUCUGUAUCACUCGAACAAGCCAGCCCACCAUCAACUCUGGAAAUCCCUGCUUACAGAGAGUCUGGAUCUGGUGAGAUCCAAGAUCUGUGAGCCAUGUUUCCCAAUCAAGACAUUCCAAGCGUCGGAAAUUACAGAUGCUUUCAGGCACUUCUCCCUAGGCACGCGAUUCGGGAAAGUAACCGUGUCGUUCCAGGAUCCGAACAUCAAGGUAAGGGUGAUUCCAACGAAGUAUGAAACCACCUUUAGUGCCCUAAAGUGCUACCUCAUGGUGGGGUGCCUGGGCGGGCUAGGUCGCAGUCUGUCCAAGUGGAUGAUUUCUUGCGGUGCUCGACGAUUCAUCUAUCUGGGUCGAUCUGGCUCCGAUAAGCCCGAGGCAAAGGAAAUAGUUGAUGAUCUACGGGCCCAAGGAGCCCACGUGACGGUGAUCCGGGGAGAUGUUUGCCAGUAUGAUGAUGUCGAAAGGGCCCUGGAAGCCGCGGAUUGUCCCAUUGGUGGCGUAAUCCAGGCGGCAAUGGCACUCAGCGAGGCUCUCUGGAGUGAUAUGUCGCACAGCGCAUGGCACACUACCAUCGGCCCCAAGGUGAAAGGCACUUGGAAUCUUCACCGUGCGUUGGGCCAGGGCCGGGACUCCCAGCUGGACUUUUUCGUGAUGAUGUCGUCCAUCUCCGGGACCGUGGGCACGGCGACUGAAAGUAAUUAUUGCGCUGCCAACUCCUUCUUGGACGCUUUCGCCCGUUAUCGCAACCGUCUCGGGCUGCCGGCUAUCUCCAUCGGCUACGGGAUGAUUUCGGAAGUGGGAUAUUUGCACGAGCACCCCGAUAUCGAGGCCCUCAUGAAGCGCAAAGGGAUCUAUCCCAUCAACGAAGAUGAACUAAUCCAGAUCAUGAACAUAGCCCUUGUAAACCAAAGGCCAUACACAUGGUAUGCACGGUACGAUCAUCUGGCAAGCAGCCACCUUCUCACUGGUGUGGAGUUCAUCGGUCUCCAGGAGCAGCGGCAACGAGGAUUUGAGGGAGACAACCACGUCUUCGCCGAUCCUAGAGCUGCAUUGUUCACUGCCUCCUUUGCCCGCCGCGCCGCGGGCGACAGCGAGAUGCACAGCGCCGCAGUGCACAUCCCUGUGGAGGUCGCGCGAGCGCUGCGCGACCACCAUGAUACAGCAUCUAUGCUCGAUGCACUUCGGGGUAUUGUUUCGAAGAAGCUCUCUAAUCUCAUCCUUCUGCCGGAGAACGAGCUGGAAGUGAAUCGACCUUUAGGCGAAUUUGGCUUGGAUUCCAUGCUGGCUGCUGAGUUUCGGACCUUUAUUUUUCGCAUGUUUGAGGUCGACGUACCCUUCGUUUUGCUCUUGAAAAGGAGUACGACUGUUAAUCUUCUAGCCGGCCUGAUUGCCCAGGGCUUGCAGACAAGUGCUUAG